AUGAAAUCAACACUGAGGAUAAGUUCUACCAAGGGGCAGGAUUUAGAAAGUUAUAUUGCUGUUUUUCUUCCUUGCUGGCCCCUAAGCCUAGCAUUCUGGAUGUUGUUCAGGAAUCACUCACCAGUGAGGAUGAAGAAUUUUCAAGAUGUGUUGAUGGAACAUUGGAAUGUACUCAGUUUACCUCUGCCUGCUGGCAUUUUCCUGUGUCUGCUUAUGGUUUUUACAACAGAGAAGGUUAUUUUAAAAUCUGAAGACCGUUUUAGAAAUGCUUCAGCACUGAAAACACAUGAAGUCACUCUCCGGUUUCUCUGCAAGGUAGAAGAUGGUAAUAAUCUUGAUUGUGUCCUGGCUCAGGCACUUGCUGGAAGCAACUCUCCUGAAGCAAUGCAUCAGAUAGUUUCAGAAGCCAAGUGUGAAACCAAGAAUCUGACCCCCUCUCUGCUACUAUCAAGAAACCGCUGCAUGUGA